CAAAAUGGCGCGAAAAAUUACGUUGUGCUUGAUUUUAAUGAUGGUGGUGUGCCUUGGCCUUGUCUAUGGUGCGGGAUCAGAUUGUGAGCUUCCGAAAGGUGUUGGCAAUUGCAGAGGCAGAUUCCGGAGCUUUUUCUUCGACAUAACGAGCCACCAGUGCCGUCCGUUCGUGUACUCGGGCUGCGGGGGCAACGGCAAUCGCUUCUACAGCCGUGACGAGUGCCAGUUCGCUUGCCACUACUUCUUAAAACUUCAGCCUAAGAACUGGUAACGUCUAGGGGGGGCAACCGCGA